CACCAUGGCCUGCAAAAGGUAGAAACGGUUCGAACCGGUACUGACUCGGGCGGGUAAUAAAGCCCCUGGCUAUCCUCGAACCGGAGAGGCGGCUAUAUACGAGCUUAUUCUUUCCGGCUAUAACAUACUCCCCUAACAGCAGUAACGACUCUUUCCUCUCAAUCAAAACCCUACAAACGUCUCAACUGGUAUAAGAUGGGAGAUGUAUUCGACGGUUCCGGCUCUGGCUCUGGCGAUGGCGACGUUCGGAAAGCACAGAAGCUUCCAAUUCCGGGCAAAAGGAAUAUACUCAUCACCAGUGCUCUUCCUUACGUCAACAACGUUCCUCAUCUCGGCAACAUCAUCGGCUGUGUGUUGAGUGCGGAUGUGUUUGCUCGUUAUUGUCGACUCAGGGGGUACAACGCUAUAUACAUGUGUGGAACUGAUGAGUAUGGAACGGCAACUGAGACCAAAGCUUUGGAAGAAAAUUGCACGCCAAAAGAAAUAUGCGAUAAAUAUCAUGCAAUUCAUAGGGACGUCUAUAAAUGGUUUAACAUAAGCUUUGAUGAAUUUGGACGAACUUCAACCCCACAACAGACCGAAGUUUGCCAAGCAAUAUUUAAAAAGUUGAUGGAGAACAAUUGGCUUUCUGAGAACACAAUGCAGCAGCUUUACUGCGAUACAUGUGAGAAAUUUUUAGCUGAUCGGCUUGUUGAAGGUACCUGUCCAACACCAGGUUGUAAUUAUGAUUCUGCACGAGGAGAUCAAUGUGAAAAUUGCGGCAAAUUAUUAAAUCCAACAGAACUCGUUAAUCCUAGAUGCAAGGUCUGUGCAACCAGUCCUCGUAUCCGUGACACAAAUCACUUGUUUCUUGAACUCCCAUUGUUGGAGGGAAAGCUGAGGGAGUACAUCAGCAGCAUGUCUGUGGCUGGAUCAUGGAGUCAGAAUGCUAUUCAAGCAACAAAUGCAUGGCUUAAAGAAGGAUUGAGACAACGAUGUAUUACUAGAGAUUUGAAGUGGGGGGUUCCUGUCCCUCAUGAGAGAUUUAAAGACAAGGUUUUCUAUGUAUGGUUUGAUGCACCGAUUGGAUAUGUCUCAAUCACUUCGUGUUACACACCUGAGUGGGAGAAGUGGUGGAAGAAUCCUGAAAAUGUGGAGUUGUAUCAGUUCAUGGGCAAGGAUAAUGUACCCUUUCACACUGUAAUGUUCCCCUCUACGCUUCUCGGAACUGCUGAGAACUGGACUUUGAUGAAGACUAUCAGUGUUACAGAGUACCUAAACUAUGAAGCAGGUAAAUUCUCAAAGAGCAAGGGUGUAGGAGUCUUUGGUAAUGAUGCAAAGGAUACCAAUAUUCCUGUAGAAGUGUGGCGAUACUAUUUGCUAACUAAUAGACCAGAGGUAUCAGAUACUUUGUUCACAUGGGCAGAUUUGCAAGCAAAGUUGAACAGCGAAUUGCUAAAUAAUUUAGGCAAUUUUAUCAACCGUGUCUUGAGCUUUAUUGCUAAAGAUCCAGAUUCAGGAUCUGGUAAAGGUUCAGGAUACAAUUCCAUCAUUCCUGAUGCUCCAGGUGCCGAGACACAUUUGUUAUCAAAGACACUGGGAGAUAAAAUUGGUACUUAUGUGGAGCAAUAUGUGGAAGCCAUGGAGAAGGUCAAGCUAAAGCAAGGACUGAAAAUUGCAAUGAGCAUCUCUGGUGAGGGAAAUGCAUAUUUACAAGAAAGUCAAUUCUGGAAGCUUUACAAGGAAGACCUAGCUUCAUGUUCCAUAGUCAUGAGAACUUCAGUGGGAGUAGUUUAUCUUCUUGCUUGCUUGUUGGAGCCUUUUAUGCCAUCAUUUUCCAUCGAGGUACUCAAGCAGCUUUCUUUACCCCUCGAGCUUUCCCUGUCUGAUGAGAAAGGAGAUGUAGGAAAGGCGAGAAGGCCAUGGGAGAUCAUACCUGCCGGCCACAGAAUUGGGACUCCUGUGCCAUUAUUUAAGGAACUGAAAGAUGAAGAGGUGGAGUUCUUCAGGGCAAAGUUUGCUGGCAGUCAAGCUGAUCGAGCAGACCGAGCUGUGAAGGCCGAAGCUGAAGCGAAUAAAGUUGCUGCACAAUUGAAAAACACGAAAAUUUCCGAUAAAAGUGGAAAGAGAGAACGCUCGACUAAACCUGCAGCUGAAGCCAAACCUAAGGCUGCUGCCGAACAGGAAAUUACCAUCAACCGACUUGAUAUUCGUGUUGGGCUUAUUACAAAAGUUCAGAAGCAUCCUGAUGCUGAUUCUUUGUACGUGGAAGAAAUUGAUGUUGGUGAAGCGCAACCGAGGACUGUCGUUAGUGGACUUGUCAAAUUUGUUCCCCUCGAGGAGAUGCAGAAUCGGAAGGUCUGUGUUCUCUGCAACCUGAAACCUGCAACCAUGCGAGGAAUUAAAUCACAAGCAAUGGUUCUUUGCGCUUCCACCAGUGAUCACACCAAGGUUGAACUGGUUGAUCCACCACAAUCUGCCAUUAUUGGAGAAAGAGUUGCUUUUUCUGGGUUUGAUGGAGAGCCUGAUGUAGUAUUGAACCCCAAGAAGAAGGUUUGGGAGACCCUCCAGGUUGAUCUACAUACAGACAACGGUCUCGUGGCAUGCUAUAAAGAUUUGCCGUUUACCACAUCUGCAGGUGUUUGCAAGGUUUCAUCCAUUUCUGUUGGAUCUAUACGAUGAACGAUUUGUCAGCAAGAUUAUCUUCAAAUUUUCUCAACUCAUUUUCUUUUACAUAGCAUAGUGUUUGAUUUUAAAAACCAUCUUAUCUAUUGGCUCGACAAGUGAUGCUGCUGUGGCCUGUGGGUGAUCGUUCAUACCAGGGUACCGAUAAGUAUACAUGGUUUGGUACAACCAUUUUGUUUGACAGUUUUCUAUUUUCUUGAUUUUGGUUGUUAUUUACAUAUUUACAAAAAGGAAUUUUCAUCAA